AUGGCUUUAAUCUUUAUUGCAGCUAAAAAUAUAGAAAAAUGCCAUUUCGGUGACACAAUUUGCUUGAUACGAACAAUGAAUAGUAUUAUCCAUCAUUAUCCCAAGGGCAUAUCGGAAAUAGGUCUCCCACCCCUCGAUGUUACACACUUUAAUCUAGUGUCUGUUUUAAAUACUACAACUAAAGGUCCCAUAUGGUUAAAUUUUCAUUUGAGAGAUAAUAUCAAUAAGGGUUUUAAUAAUGCCACAAUUAUCCAUGUCGAUGGAUUUGAUCAGGAUCCCACAAAGAAGCAAAUUGAGAUCAAGGCUCGCAUUCCCCGCAUCUUGCACGAAGCUAACUAUGACAUGGAGGGCAAAUUCUUAUUAUUCAAAGCCAAUUCAACUGGUAAACUAACAUCAGAUUUUCAAAAUUUCGAAUUAACAUUGAUCGUAAAGGUCUUUGUCGAAUACAGACAGGAUAAAAGAUUCUUGAAAAUCUAUUCAUUGGUGCCAAAUGUCAAAAUUGAUCGGUAA